AUGAGUGAAUUGAAGAAACAAAUUGCUGAUGACAUUGAUCAUAAAAAUAGUACCUCAGCGGCACAUCCAUCUGAACACACACACAUCAUUCAAAACUUUCGUGUCAUUUGGCUUGACAGCAAUAUUGAUACAAUUAAUAAUAGUGAUAGUAUUAAUACAUUAAUGAAAUUACGACAAGUGGUGAAUACUGUGGAAACAUUUACGGAUGUCAAUAAAUGUUUGAACUCUAUAAAUGAUAUUGAUGAUGAAAAGAUAUUUAUGAUUUUAUCUGGAAGAUUUGGUCAAACAAUUAUUUCUGAUGUUCAUAGUAUAUUCUCCUUACAUUCUAUUUAUAUUUUUUGUAGUAAUAAAACACAACAUGAACAAUGGACACAACAAUGGUGUAAAAUAAAAGGUGUUUUCACAGAUAUUACACCAAUUUGUGAAGUAUUAAAACAAGCUGCUCAUGAAUGUGCUCACAAUUCUGUUUCACUUGGAUUUAUUUCAUUGAAUGAUACAGUUAUUGAUCGAAGUUUAGAUCAUCUUGAUAAAUCCUACAUGUAUACACAAAUACUCAAGGAAAUCUUACUGACAAUACCAUUUAAAUCAGAACAUAUGAAAGAAUUUUUUACAUAUUGUCGCAAGAAAUUACUUCUUAAUAAUAAUAUUGAAUUAAAAAAUGUUGAUAAAAUUGAACACGAAUAUCAUGAUCGUAAGCCAAUAUGGUGGUAUACAUAUCAAUGUUUUCUCUAUUCUACAUUAAAUAAAGCAUUGCGUACAAUGGAAGUCGACUUGAUUAUAAAAUUGGGUUUCUUUAUUCAGGAUCUUCACAAACAUAUCGUUCAACUUCAUGCUGAACAAUAUGGUGGACAGAACAAUUCUGAUGUUUUUACUGUAUAUCGUGGUCAAAGUUUAUCUGAAACAGAUUUCAAUCAAUUAAUAUCGACACAGGGUGGAUUAUUAUCAUUUAAUAAUUUUCUGUCUACUAGCAAAAAUCGAAAUGUAUCACUUGCAUUUGCUCGACGAACUAUUAAUAGUUCUAAUAAGAUCGGAGUCUUGUUCAUUAUGAAAAUUGAUCCCAUGAUACGUUCGACACCUUUUGCUAAUAUUAUUAAUACUAGCGCCUUUAAAAAGGAAGAUGAAAUUCUUUUUUCUAUGCAUUCUGUUUUUCGUAUUGGAGAAGCGAAACAGAUUGAUGGUCCUGAUAGUCGUUUGUGGAAAGUAAAGUUAACUUUAACUUGUGAUACUGAUCCACAACUUCAUAGAUUAACUCAACAUAUAAGAACAGAAACCUUUUCUAGUUCCAUAGGAUGGCAUCGAUUAGGUCAAUUACUCAUUAAAUUAGACCAAUUUGAUAAAGCUCAACAAGUAUUUGAAAUCAUACUUAAUCAAUCAAAUGAUCAAGGUGAAAAAGGAAAUAUUUAUCAUAUGCUUGGAAUAAUCAAGAAUAAUCAAGGAAAAUAUUUUGAAGCUAUUGAAGUUUAUGAAAAAUCAAACGAAAUCAAUCAUGAAAUUCAAUGGCAAACUUAUUCAUAUCUCGCUUCCUUUUACAAUAAUAUAGGUUUGGUGUUUGAUAAUAUGGGUGAAUAUUCUGCUGCACUAUCGUCUCAUGAAAAAGCAGUUGAAAUCUAUUGUAAUAGUUUUCCUUCAAACCAUCUUGAUGUUGCCUAUUCUCACAAUAAUAUUGGACGGAUAUAUAACAAAAUGGGUGAAUAUUCAAAAGCACUCUCUUCUCAUGAGAAGGCACUCGAAAUAAAAAAGAAAAAUCUACCUCCUGAUCAUCCCUCAUUGGCUUCUUCUUUCAACAAUAUUGGUUUGGUAUACAGCAACAUCGGCGAAUAUUCAAAAGCUCUUUCUUCUCAUGAAAAAGCACUUGAAAUAAAAUUAAAAAUAUUGCCAUCGGAUCAUCCAUCUUUAGCUUCUUCUUACAAUAAUAUCGGAUUAAUAUAUGAUAAAUUAGGUGAAUAUUCUGCGGCACUUUCAUCACAUGAAAAAGCUCUUGAAAUCAAACAAAAAACUCUUCGUUCAAAACAUCCGCAUUUAGCUACUACGUGUAGUAAUAUUGGAGGAGUGUAUUUUAAAAUGUACGAAUAUUCCAAAGCACUUUUAUAUUACGAAAUGGCACAUGAAAUCUAUUAUAACAGUCUUCCAUCAUAUCAUCCAGGUUUGGCUACUUCGUACAAUAAUAUUGGUUGGGUUUAUAGAAGCAUGGGCGAAUAUCCGAAAGCACUUUCAUAUUUUGAAUCUGCUUUAGAAAUUAGAAGACAUUCACUACCAGCCAAUCAUCCUGAUAUUCAUGAUGUUCAAAAUAGCACUGAUAUCGUUUAUGAUUUCAUUAUUCAGUCACUUGCAAAUGAAGUUAUAAACAGAUAA